CAAGCCGGAGGUAGCAAGAUGGCCGCCGCUGAGGAGGACUGUGGGCCUGGGGCCGACGCGGACCGGGAAUUGGAAGAGCUUCUGGAAAGUGCUCUUGAUGAUUUCGAUAAGGCCAAACCCUCCCCAGCUCCCCCUCCUACCGCCACGGCCCCCGAUGCUUCGGGGCCCCGGAAGAGAUCGCCAGGAGACACUGCCAAAGAUGCCCUCUUCGCCUCCCAAGAGAAGUUUUUCCAAGAACUGUUCGACAGCGAGCUGGCUUCCCAGGCCACCGCGGAGUUCGAGAAGGCCAUGAAGGAGCUGGCUGAGGAAGAGCCCCACCUGGUGGAGCAGUUCCAGAAGCUGUCCGAGGCCGCAGGCAGAGUGGGCAGUGAUGCAAGCUCCCAACAAGAAUUUACGUCUUGCCUGAAGGAGACACUAAGUGGACUCGCCAAAAAUGCCACUGAUCUUCAGAACUCGGGCAUGUCGGAGGAGGAACUGACCAAGGCCAUGGAAGGGCUGGGCAUGGAAGAAGGGGAUGGGGAAGGGAACAUCCUCCCCAUCAUGCAGAGCAUCAUGCAGAACCUGCUGUCCAAGGACGUGCUGUACCCAUCACUGAAAGAGAUCACAGAAAAGUAUCCAGAAUGGCUGCAGAGUCACCGGGAGUCUCUUCCUCCAGAGCAGUUUGAAAAAUACCAGGAACAACACAGUGUCAUGGGCAAGAUCUGCGAGCAGUUUGAGGCGGAGUCCCCCACGGACAGCGAGGCCACGCAGAAGGCUCGUUUCGAGGUGGUGCUGGAUCUCAUGCAGCAGCUGCAGGAUUUGGGCCACCCUCCGAAAGAGCUGGCCGGGGAGAUGCCUCCUGGCCUCAACUUUGACCUGGAUGCCCUCAAUCUGUCGGGCCCGCCAGGCGCCAAUGGCGAACAGUGUCUGAUCAUGUGAAACACAGCACGUGUUUGUCCCUGCCCCCAGCCGAGGGGACCCCGGGAGUCCGCAGAGCCACGGAGGCUGCGCCACCCUAGCUGGCGCUUUUACUCUUUGAAGGAAUAAGGCCCAGUGGGCGGGCCGGUUCUGUGAGCCCUGUCCGUCGUGGUCUCUGCUGCUAGCAAAGGCCCAGCUCCCUCCAGCUGAAGGACAGCACCCCUGUGGGGGCACGCACUUCUCCCCCCUCCCAAAUAACGAUCUGUCUGGCCACACUGAUGUCCGCUUUUAUAUCCUGGGUCUUCGUGCCUUGUCUCUACCCCCUCUCGGACCUGGGGAGAAGAGACAGAGUUCUUGGACUCUGUAUUUCUCUAGCUCUUUGGGGCAGGGCCUUUGGGCAGGAAUGGGGAGAGACUUAGCCUGGGCUGGGGCUACGGGUCUGUUCCCACGUCCUCUUGCCUUCAGGCAGACCCUUGGGAACUCUGUGGAGGAAAAGGAGGUAGGGGUUUUCGCAGCUGGUCACAGUCGGGUUGGAAGAGAAGCCCUGGGCUUCUUCCUCUCGCCGGUGCUGGGCCUCCGGGCCCCUGUCGUAGCCGGAGAGCUCAAGUCACCGCCUGGGGUCUUCGGGUGCUGCCGUGUGAUCCGGGGGAACCCAGCCCUUGACCUUCCUGUGCCCCCCCGCCUCUCCUCCUCUUCUCUCUGUAAACACCUGUUUAUUCCAGCCCUCUCUGCACCCAGGCUGCUGCAAGGAAGGGCCAUCCUGGUUCCCCUCCUCUGGGCCAUCAGCUACUCUGGAAAACACACAUGGUCACAGUGUCAGGUCUGGGAAAUGAGUGUGCUCUGGCUUACUCGAGACCUCUGAUUCCUCUGAAUCCUGGCCCUCGGUUAAGCAGGUGCCCUGGGACCGGGAGUGGGGUGCAGCCUGGGUCCUUUCCCUUACCGAAUAAAUAUUCUGAUUGAGGA